AUGGCGGGAAGCGCCGACCCGCCAACGGACGUCUCACUCGGAGGCACGUCUCUAGCAUCCGACGCCAGUCAGUGGAAGCUGGUCGCCCCGGGAGUGUGGGAUCUCACUAGGAGUCUGGACUGGGUGACUAUUGGGAGCGCCUUGACUGGCGGCAGGGCCGCAGUGACGCACGCGGGAGUGAACGGCGACACACUGACCGCGUCGGGGUCGCUGGCGACAACCGGAUCUCUUGAUACUGGCCUCCCAGUGCUGCCAUCCAUGGCACGCGGCCGGUUCCAAGCCAUGUUCUCCGGCGCCGUGGCAGGCGGAGCCAAGAUUCGGAUCGCCACCAGCACGUCACCCUGGAGGUGCAACUGGUGUUUAUCAGAGAGGCAUCACACUCAAACACACCUUGUGUCGUCUCCGCCCCCUCUCUCUGCCCCCUAUCUCUGCCCCCCCUCUCUGUCCCCUCUCUCUGCCCCCCCUCUCUGCUCCCCCUUUCUGCCCCCUUUAUCUGCCCCCCCUCUCUGCCCUCUGCCCCCUUUCUCUGCCCCCCAUGUCUGCCCCCCCUCUCUGCCCCUCCUCACUGCUCCCCCGGCUUGCAACGACACCAAGGUCACCCUGGAGGUGCACCUGGUGUUUAUCAGAGAGACCUCACACUCAACACACCUUGUGCUCUCCCCUCAUCUGCUCUACCUGUUGUAUCCUCUGCUGCCUCCCCUCUCUGCCCCUCCCGCAUGCAGCGACACCAAGGUCGCUCUCGAAAUCCACCUGGCCUUCACCAAGGGCGUGAACACCAACUCAAAGGUCUCCCUGGUGGGCCAAGUCGGCGCUGACAAAUCCGCCCCACUUGCACUCGAAUGCCCGUUCACAUCGGCAAUCAAGGGCGUGUUCACUUGCUCCAAGACUAUCGACGUUAAAAUUCCUGCAGAAACUGCCACCACGCCCAAGGUUCUGGGCCUGCAAAAGUUUAUGGCUGCGCUAGUGGGAGCUACCAUGUCAGGUGAUAACAGGAGCGAAAAGGGAACUGACUCAUCAAACAUGACGUCCUGA